ACCGCCCUCGGGCAGGGCUGGCCGCGCUAUAUAGGCGGCCGCCGCGCGCCCAACGACGUUCUUGUGAGCAAGCCGACAGCUCCGACACCCACAUCAUGAUCCGUGCGGUCGUGUUCGCCCUGCUUGUGGCCGUGGCCAGCGCCGCCUUCAUCCCCGUGCUGGACGUGGACCGUUCGUACCCGAUCCGUGACGAGUUCGACCGGCCCAUCUACACCCUGGGUCAGAAGGCCGCCUUCGACGUGCGCACCAAGACAGCGCGCACCGAGCAGGACGUGCCCAUCGUGCCCGUGGCGCCCGCCGUCACCUACCACGCCGCUGCCCCGGUCGCCUACCACGCCGCCCCACUUGCCUACCACGCCGCUCCGUAUGCGGCGUGGUAGACCGCCGCCGUUCACUACAUCUAGAUGACUACCGAGCGAGCCUGGACGACCGAUCAGCUUUGGGCCGAACCGACCGCCGCGCGUGGCGAGCUGGGUCCCGCGGGGUGAGGUCAAGACCUCGCCUGCGGCCCUGGCGCCGCGCCGGGCAGUCGUGUGCAUCUCACUUGAACCGACUAGCGGCAGUCUUGCCGCCGACUGAACCAUUCACCCCGUUUGUCAUUGAAAUACAGUCUGACGCGAUGAG